AUGCUCGCAGAACCAAGAAAACGCCACAAUGGCCAACCGCAAGCCUGCGAGCCAUGUCGCAAGGCCAAGAUUCGCUGCGACCAUGAAAGUCCAAAGUGUUCGCGUUGUGUUCUGCGCAACUUGAACUGCAUUUAUCACCCUGCUCCUAUGACCAAACGCCGCCCAACGGCCUCCCACACACCCGUACACUUUGACUCCACGCUGCCAGCAGACUUACUUACUCAAAAUGUCUCCAACACCUUCCACAUUCCUAGUGAAUCUUCGGUCGGGGUAGCAAUCUCGCUCCCUCCUGCGGAUCCGAGCCCCGCUGCGAGUUCGGGGGUAACAGCCCGAUCGAGCGCGUCAAAACGGAACAUGUUAUUUCAAGAGCAGCUGGGCCAACACGAAACAACUCGCUUCUCUGCGGUCUUUGUUGAAAACCAAGAUAGCUUUGGCGCAGUUAUGGUUGAUGCCACAAACUCCGAAUACCACGAGUUAGGCCGAGAGCCUGAUGUAAUGGCCAGGUCUCGCGUGGAUUUGGCUGUGAGAACACUGCUCAACUUCCCCUCUAUUCGUACAUGUGAUAUGCUUUUGACAGGAAUUCACUAUAUCUAUGAUGUAUGGCUGUCACCAACCAUGAUCCAGCAAUGCUUGAAACAAGUAUGGACGGAAUAUGCCAGUGAGCUAAGUGAGCCCCGGACGCGGGAAUCAUUAUUGAGAGUGGCAAAUGAUCUAUUUCUCAACCAAAAAAGGCCUCACUCAACACCUGAAUGUGAUUACGCAAGCAAUUCUGACCAUGCUUCCUGGAUAAACUGGUUUGGUGGACCUCAUCUACGAUGGGAAAUGAUCGGGAUCCUCUUCAGCUGGGCUGGAAUUGCAUUCAGAUGCAAACAAGAGUGGGACCCAGUCUUUGAUCUACCCGAGCAGCAUGGACGGAAUCGCAACACUGCGGCAGAGAAGAUGAGAGAGUGUGCUGCUGCCUGUGUAAGGCUUUGCGAAGGGAACUUUGAAAUCAAUGAUACCAUGGUUAUUUGCAUGAAGAAUAGCACCAGACUACAAAGCAUCAUUAUUAGUGAUGAGAGUGACCGCGUACGAGUGGAUUAUGGGACUGUCCGCAGUGCUUUUAUAAGUGCCGGAUUGCAUCGCCUCACUCCUUCGAAGGAAAUCACGCCUUUUUCUCAACACCGAGCAUCACUUGCUUCAUCGAUGUAUUACCAUGACAAAUGUCACAGUUUGUUCAAUGCGCGACCACCUAUGCUCAGCAGCCAUUACUGUCAAUGUCCUCUCCCACUCGAUUUAUGCGAGGAAGAUGUAUAUGGGGGCCGAGAGCGACUCACUGUGGCCAUUGCAAAGCUUGACUCUAAUGGCUGGAACACCAAUGGUCACAUAUACACAACCACCUGGCUUCGAGCACUGACGAUGCUUAGUCCUAUACGGGAAGGAAUCUUGGAACUAACUCUUAGUGUCAAUUCGAACUUUACCAAACCACAGGUAGAAGACCUCCAAGCCCAGCUGGGGAAGAUAGUUGCUUCAUAUCCCUCGCACAUUCAAUACCAGGGGAACUCUGAAUGGCACCCUCAGUCAAGCUCACGAUUCCAUGAACGGAGCGCUCAGGAAUCCUAUAUUAUCACCCGCAUACAACUUGAUGUAUUGCAAUGCCAGUUCCUUCUCCAGCGUCUACUUGUAUCGCGGCAAUUCAGUGGUGGUCAAGACUUGUUCGAUAUCGCUCAAGAGACAAUGUCAGUUAUCCUGUCUCUCUGGCUUAACCGCGAUCAGCUACAUGAGUUUCACCAUGCCUUUGACUGGAUUGCGGUAUCAUACGGAAUGCCCUGUGCGGGAAUUUUAUGUGUCGAGCUUCUCCGGGCAAGUAAUCUAGUACCACCUGCCACGCAAAGCGAGCUUCCAUCGGCGAUCCGCGGUCACGAUUGUGUUAGAUUCUCGCGGUCGGAAGUCGUCCAAAACCUGGUUAUGUUCAGGGCCUUGCUUGACUGGAUACGGCCUACGGAUAACAAUGUACAACUUAGCAAGAAGUUCAAGACGGUUUUACAGAGAAUCAUUGAUGCUGUAUUUGAUUCUUUGGGGUCGCCGUGUGGCCAAACACAAGAGACGCCGAGCGAACAGCAGGCCCAGAGACACUAUGGCCCGCAAGACCAGCAGUCCCCAGGACAGAAUCUACCUGUUCUGACGGGCAGAGAGUGUGACAUUGAUCCUGAGAUGAACGCAUUCAAUGAUAUGGAUUGGCUGAACACCGUUGAUUGGACUCAGAAUGCCCGGAGUCGGUUCGGAGUGCUUUUUGGUCUGUCGGAUCUAACUCAUCAAUCUGGUGAAGUUCUCCGAGACCAAACAGCAACAGUCAACCCCACACCGGUGACUAUGUCUCCAAACAACACAUCCAGUAUACCCCGACAGCCUGUCGAAAAUGCAACUGUGCCGUUUUGGCACCGAGACAUUCAUGAACUGCACGAUCAUCGAACUACAGAGGAGCUUCCAGUAUCGAGUGACGUCGUCAUCAUAGGCGCCGGCUAUGCAGGAAUUAGCACAGCGUACCACUUGACCAAAGGAGAGGCCAGUGAUAAAAGACUCUCUAUCACAAUACUGGAAGCACGGGGUGUCUGUUCGGGCGCGACAGGGCGCAAUGGUGGCCACCUAAGACCUGACAUGUACACGCCCAUGACCAGGCUCAUCGACCGAGCAGGAGUUGAACGCGCCUUGGAAGUGACUGAAUUUGAAAUCGCACAUGUCCAUGCCAUAAAGACCUUGGUCGAAAAGGAGAAAAUCGACUGUGACUUCAGCCUCACAAGGUCUAUCGAUGUAUGGACCAACGGGGAAACAGCCCAGAAGGCUACGGAUAUGUACGACACCCUGGUAUCCCGUAAUCUUGAAUACAUGAAGGAUGUCUUCUUUGUGCUUGGCAAGAAUGCGGAGGGUAUUUCGGGUGUCAAAGGCGCCAAAGCAUGCGCUUCUUUCACAGCAGCAACUCUGUGGCCUUACAAAUUGAUUCUCCAUCUGACUGCCUCAAUUCUCGAGACUGGGCUCGUCAAUCUCCAGACUCAUACCCCGGUGACGUCCGUCAGUCGGCAACCUUCGGGCAGCUUUAUCGUUACGACUCCACGAGGCACGACAGUCGCCCGGAAAGUCGUGUAUGCGAAUAAUGCCUAUAUCUCAGGUCUUCUGCCACAGUACCGCGAAGCCAUCGUUCCCUGCAAAGGACUCUGCACUCAUAUUUCAGUUCCUGAGGGCACGACAGCGCCUCUGCUGAACAACUCCUACAUAGUCCGUGAAGAGGACAACGUUGUUUCAUACCUCAUCCCCCGUGCCGACGGUAGCAUUGUUGUCGGUGGAGCCAACUUGCGAUACCACCCUGUACUGAGUUCAUGGUAUGACAAUGUGGACGAUUCAAUUCUCAUCGAGGAAGUCAAAAACCAUUACGAAGGUUAUAUGCAACGGCAUUUCAAUGGCUGGGAAGACAGCGGGGCCCAAGUGGAUAAAGUUUGGACCGGAGUCAUGGGGUACAGCUGGGAUUCCCAGCCUCACAUCGGCGCCGUGCCUGGAGAGGAUGGCCAGUUUGUACUUGCGGGCUUCAAUGGUCAUGGAAUGCCUCAAGCGUUUUUGUCUGCGCUUGGGGUUGCUAAGAUGGUUCAGAAUGGGAUCGGGUUUGAAGAUACUGGUGUUCCGAGAUUGUUCGAAACAACAAAGGAGAGGUUAGAAACGGCAAGGAACGGUCCCUUUGGGGGUGAUAUACUCGGCGUCAAAAGAUGA